CAGAACUGCACGUACUACUGGGGAUUUGCAGCUUGGAUGGCGUAUUACAUCAACCACCCUCUGUACACGCCACCCAUCUACGGAGAGCAGCAGAUCAGACUGGCCCUCAUCCUGUUCCUGUUCUGUCAGAUCGGGAACUUCUCCAUCCACAUCGCUCUGAGAAAUCUCAGACCACCUGGAUCUAAGACCAGGAAGAUCCCGUAUCCGACUAAAAACCCCUUCACCUGGAUCUUCCUGCUGGUGUCCUGCCCCAACUACACGUAUGAGGUCAGGAAGAUGCGCUCACACACAUUCAGCACAGACCUUUCACUGAAAACUGUUAGCAUCCGCUUCUCUCUUGUGUUCUGAUGAAGAUACGAAACA